GAUUCAUCGCCGCCGUCGUCAUUUCGGGGUAAUAUGGCCACACCGCCAACCGAAGGAGAAAUCAGAGUGGGUCCCGGCCAUCAGGCAACAUUACCAGACUAUCAACCGAUCGAGAACUACCGCUCCGAGGACGAUGAAGAUCGCGACCUAGAGGAUCCGAGAUGGACACCCGGACUGUACAUUGAUAAUGAUUUGUUAAUGUACCUGACCGCCGCUCGUUCAAUAUCCGCUUUUCAGGGUAUGUGCGAGGAAGAUGGUUGUAUGGCAGCUAGUCGUGACGAUACAACUAUAAAUGCGUUUGAUGUUUUACACGACUCGGGAUACGACGCAGGCAAAGCUCUAGAAGCGCUACUAAAGUGUCCCGUAACGAAGGGAAUCGAGAAGAAGUGGACAGAGGAGGAAACGAAACGCUUCAUCAAGGGUUUGCGACAGUUUGGGAAGAAUUUUUUUCGCAUCCACAAAGACCUAUUACCACAUCGGCCAACGCCGGAAUUGGUAGAGUUUUACUAUCUCUGGAAGAAGACGCCGGGAGCGAAUCAGAACCGGCCGCACCGCAGACGACGGGCGAGCUCGCUCAGACGACGCAACACACGGACGAACAGUAAUGCGAGUGGCACCCCGCCGAACAGCAGUGGUAGCAGCAGCAGCAGCAGCAACAGCAACAGCAACAGCAAGAAGGAACAGACCCCCGAGCGGACUGUGACAGAUACCGGUUCGUCCCGACCGUCGCCGAUCGGCAAGGAGGAGAACAGCUCCGUUACCGAGGACGACGUGAGCGAGUGCGACAGUGAUUCGAGCGCCAACAAGGCGACCGCAGCUGCGGCGGCUGCAGCGACAGCCACCGCCAACGGUACCGGCGUUGGAGGCAACGGCAGCAAUAGCAGCAUCAGUAGCAGCAGCAGCAGCAGUAGUAGCAGCAGCAGUAGCAGCAGCAGCAGUAGUAGCAGCAGCAGUAGCAGCAGCAGCAGUAGUAACGGAAGUAACGGCGGCGUCGGCGGUUCCGUCGGCGUCGGAGACUUUACGACGACGGCCAGCAGCGGCGGCAUUGGCGGGGGCACGGUCACCGGCGAGGAAUCUCCGUCGAGGAUGCGGACCCGCCAAAAGCCAACCAAGGAAACGAAUGCUACCAAUGCGAAGCGACCAAAGCGUGGCGGUACGGAGACCCCGGAACAGCAGACAGCAACCGGCACAUCCGCCACCGCUGGUGGAGGUGCUGCUGGUAGCAGUGGUAAUGGUACGGGAAGCUUGGACAGUCCGAAGACGCCAAGCAAAACGACGGGUAGUAGUGGCAGCAAUAGCAGUAAUGCUACCGGUUCGAGUGCUACCGGUGGAACGGUGGACGGUGGUGUCGGCGGGAAACAUAGUUCGCAAAGCAGUAGCAAAGGAAAGGGAUCAUCAUCCUCGUCCAGCGGUACAGGCAAGACGGAGACGACCCCAAGCAAGGGUAAAAAGCGUGCUAACGAGCUCGAGGUGGACGGCAACGAUGAAAAGGAUGGACAAAAGCGAAAGCGCGCGGACAGUCCAGCCGAGAGCCUCACGACAGACAGUCGGCCCGGUUCCGUGCUUGAUGAGAUGGAAUCGGUUAGUGAGGCAGCUACAGAAACCAGCGUGGGCACUAGAACUACCGGCACCCCAACACCGGUUGGUCACGACCGGUUGCAGGGUGCGAAUGCUGUCAAUGCUGGAAAUGGCCCAGGUGGGCCUGAAGGAAGUGCCACAAGUACGAAAGAAGACGACAAGGAUCCGUUAUCUCUCGGGCCACCGCUUGCUGCGGAACCGAUGGUUACGGAAUCGAACGAAAAUAGUAGCAGCAGCAAUACGACCACAUCAACAGUCGCAAAGUCGUCAUCAGGCGGAUCAGAGGACAAAGAUGAUGAUUCGAAUGCGGGUGCUACAGGAGCAGUUGUCGCAUCUGCGGUAGCAACGGUUCCGACCGCAGCGGACACUGCUAAGCUACCCGAAACGGAAGAUAUAUCUCCACCGUCGACAGCGGCCACAACACCUGUUGCGACUCCGGCACCACCAUCAUCGGGGUCUGCAGUGUCCGGAGCGGAUGGUAGCAGCGAAGCGCAACAGGGACCUCCAUCGGCGGAAGAAGCAGCGACCGCAAACGGGACGAGUAGUGCGACUGGUGUUUGCAACACCACUGCGGAAGGCAAGCCGUGCGUAAACUCCAUCGGUGCUGCUUCAUCCAACGAACAAGAAAUGGCCUCGAAGUUGGCAAAUAUGAAACAAGAAGCAUCUACCACCGGUUCGUCGGCCGGUGCUCCGCCCGGUUCAGCUACAUCGGUUGACUUCAACUCCAAAGAUGUUUUCAUCAAGAAGGAACCAAAUGAGGAACCUGCUGCACUCGGCUCAGCCUCUGCCGCAUCUACAGCUGCUGGCGAACAGACUGGAUCUGGUAAUAGCGGAAGUGCAGCAUCGACCGGUGUUGUUAGUGAGCCACAGGAUUUAAAGCUGAAAAUUGAAGUAAAGUCGGAAGCAAAGUUGAUGCCAGGAGGUGGCAACGAAGGGUCGAACCAAGGUACCGGUCCCGGUGCGGAUAUGAAAUACGACCCAGAGAAUUUAGUGAUGAAACCAUACGAAAGUCACAUCAAAUAUGGUGGCCAUCCUGGGGAAGAUGGAAUAAAAUAUGGCGAACAUAAAUAUGGACCGCUACCACCACACCAACUUCCUGGUCCUGGUGAACCUCCGGGAUUGAAGUAUGGUCCUCCGGGUGGGCCACAGGACGAACCGCUAGAGUACGACAUGAAACGUUAUCCAGCGCACGGGCCUCCACCACCACCAUCGGCUCAGGAUGGUGGACCACUGCCACUGAAACUUGGCGGACCACCUGGACCACUUGCGGGUUCGGGAGCACCAGGAGAACCACCAGUGGGACCUCCACAACAUAUGAAGCUUUCCCAGUAUCCACAAGAUCUGACGAGUUUGAACCUGAAGUACCCACCCCCAGACGAGCGGACAAAGUUUGCCCCAUCGCCUGCUUCGGACAGUGGAAGCGGAAGCGGUGUAGCUCCACCACCAUCGUCAGUCGGUGGACCACUGCCUCUCAUCCCGAAGAGUCAUUACCCCGAUCCAGCGCAGUUGAGCAUGCUACGGCAGCAUUACGAGCACACGUUUAAAUAUGAUCCGAUGGCGGCAGUAAAGUACGGUCCACCGGGUAUGCCGCCAUUCGGUGCGCCUCCCGGCCAACCCGGUCAUCACCAUCCGCACCAUCCACUGGCGGGUACACUGCCGGGACAACCUCAGUCACAACCACAAGAUCUGAAGUACCUUCCGCCGGAGGCGGUCGUCGCUGCCGGCAUGGGUCCUCUAAAAUAUCCACCCUCAUCAGUAGCGAACGAUACUCCUACAUCGCUCAAGAACAACAGCUUCUCGGCGGACAACCUCCUAAAGAGCAGUUCCUCAAGCAGUGGUGGAGGCAACGAUUCGUCGAAUCCGCUUGAUGUUUCGGCUUCUGCCCGUCACGCUGUGACUCCCAAUCAGGACAGUCAGGGUAGCAACAGCAGCUCGCAACCAACUGCACUUCAUGGCAGCAGCAGCAGCAUCGCUUCGCCGCAGUCCGGUGGACCACCGCCAUCUUUACCACCCCAUGGUGCUGGAACGUAUCCACCGCCUCACGGACCACCACCACCCGGUCAUCCAGGUCAUAUUGUAAACCCUGGAUUGAUGCCAACGCUGCUCGGAUCCGGACCAAACUCAUCGCCGAUUCCACCGACAUCUCAGCCAGGUGGGAUACAUCCGUCUUCGCUGGGAAGCCACCCGUUGGCCCACCCAGGAUCAGCUCCCCCACCACAACUGCUACCAACUCCCCCGGGUUCCAGUCCGUACCAACCAAGCAAUAUGCAUCGAUCUGGAGGUCCUCCACCAUCAUCCGUACCAAGCUCCGUUUCGUUAGCAAUAUCCUCAAGUGGCAGUACUGCGCUGACCUCUACUACUGCAUCCUCCACUGCUUCCUUGUCUUCAACAUCGGUGACGUCACAUUCGCCGGCACCUAUGAGACCCUCGUCCGAUAAUGGACCGCUGGGUCUCCAACCAAUGCCCCACCACCAUCGUUCGGAUCGCGACCGAGAACCAUCUCGGCCGGGUGCGAACGAUAUGCCUCCCACCCGUGCUUCCCCAAUCAAUUCUCUAUUGCAAGGAGUUCCGCCUCCACACGGUAUUCUGUCGCAUCCGCUUCCUCUGCAUCUUGGACAUCCGGGCAUGCAACUACCUCCACACCACCCAGCAGCACAUUUGGCUGGUCCACUAGGACACGCCGGACUAUUACCACCCUCAUUGGCGGCACACGGUGCGGGAAUACCACUGCUUGGCGGACCGACACCUUCCGCGCUCGGAAGCUUAAUGGAGGUGGCGGGCGCAGGGCGUCGAUCGCCAUCCUCCGGUCCGGGAAGUCUAGCGGGUGGACCUCAUUCUCAUUUGCCACCGACAUCGAUGCAUCAGUCAGUCAGCUCUCUGGCGCAAUCUCCAUCAACUCCAACAGGAGCGGGCGGAGGACCACCAUCGUCUUCUGCAUUGAGUCGUGCCAGUCCCAAUGUACCACCUGGUGGUCCGGGAACUCCCGGAGGAUACCCCGGCCCAGGAGGGCAUCAUCAUCGUUCCAGCUCACCUGCCAACUCUAACAGCUCUGGUCUUAGCCGCGCCAGUCCUAUGCACCUCAGCCAUCAUCCUUCCACACCGGGUGCUGGUAGCGCAGGAGGAAGUGGCGGCUCGUCAGCAGCUGCCGCAGCCGCGGCAGCCGCAUCGGCCGAACGGGACCGACAGAUUAUGCGACAGCAGAGUCCUCACAUGACACCUCCUCCACCGUCUUCGUCUGCACCGUCGGCCGCUCUGAUCUCAAGUCCGUUGAGCAAGAUGUAUGGUGGCCCGUCGGGACAGCGGUCACCACCUCCAUCCCAUCCUUUCCGGCCUGGUGCUUCGCCGCCGGUUAUACGACACCCCCAGAUGCCUCUACCUAUACCGAUGACGGGUCCAAUGGCGGGUAUUCCCGGGUCCGUAAUGCACGCCUCGCAACCGUACCCUUUGAUGCAUCCGUCGCUGUUCAACCCGCACCAUCACAAUCCAUUCUACGCUCCGUAUCCGUACGGACCGGCUUACGGGCCCGGAUUUUCGUACAUGAAGCCCGGUGGCUCACCGCUUGAUAAUCCGAUGCUUCACGGGCACCCGACGGCAAUACCUCCACCCCGACCAGAAGACGCACCCGGAGCUGGCGGUCCAGGAGGAGGUAUCCAUGGUAACGCUGGUGAGAAAUCAAAAUCCUCCAGUGGUGGUAGCAAAUCACAGCAGCCACAAACGUCAUCCUCCUCAACGUCUUCGGUGUCUUCACUGUCUGGGUCGGGCGGAAAUGAGCGAUCGAAGCAAUCUUCCUCGUCUGGAGGAAACGGUGGUCCCGGCAGUGGACAUUCCAGUUCGUCCAACCAGAGUAGCUCUUCAGCAGGUGGACCACCUGGUGGUCCUGGUCGAGGUGGGCCUUCGCCUAGUGGCGCUGGUCCCGGAAUGGUAGGCAUGCCGGGAGGUCCUCCCGGUGGACACCCACUCAGUGGGAGUCCGUUUCAUCCUGCCGGUCCGCCCCACCAUCACUCCCCGUAUGGUCCCCCACAGCCUCACAAUCCGUUCAUCGAGAACCAGUUGCCGCCGGUUGGUGGCGGUAAACCGACCAGUCACAUGGAUGCACUACGAGCCCACGCUCAUGCAGCAGCUGGUGGAGCCUUAGGUCCACCACCGGGUCAUCACCCGCAUCAUCAUCCAGGUCACGGACCGCCACCACCGCCCGGACAUCAUCCUGCGCAUCCAAACGAACCGGUGCACAUCGAAACACUCGACAUAGACCCGGAUCCGGAACCACCGUCACCUGUCCACGACAUGAACCGUGGUCCCAGCCCCGAGGCCAAACCAGAUGAUACCGAGUGCCAUCGAUCUCAGUCGGCAAUUUUCGUACGACGCUGCGAUCGAGGUGAUUACAAUUCAUGCACACGAACCGAUCUCGAAUUCAAACCAACGCCCGACUCGAAGCUUGCGCGCAAACGCGAGGAGCGCGACCGAAAGCUCGCCGAGAAGGAACGGGAACGUAAGGCACAGCAAGCGGCUCAGGCACAACAUCAACACCAGCAGCAGCAGCAAUCGCAUCACCCAUCGAUGCAACCGCAUCCACAUCAGCCUCCACCACCACACCCGCAUCAUCCACAGCAUCCGAGUGUGACGGCCCAUCAACAAGCGGUGGCCGCUGCCCAAGCCCAACAUCAAGCGGCUGCUGCCUCGGCAGCAGCAGCGGCGGCUGCAGCUCAACAACAUCACCAUCAGCAACAGCAGGCCCAACAACAAGCACAACACCAAGCACAGCAGCAGGCGCAACAGCAAGCGCAGCAGCAGGCAGGAAAGCCAGGCAGUGCGGGUGGAAGUUCAGGUGGAUCGGGACCGGGUGGACCACCGGGUCCACCACCUCCUGGUCAUCAUCCAGGCCAUCCAUCACCAGGACAACAGUCGAUGAAACCGGACAUUAAACCAUAUCCAGACACACCGGCCCUAAGACAGCUGUCGGAGUAUGCACGACCGCAUGUUGGAUUUAGUCCUGUGGAGACGAUGGUCCCGCCACCAUACCAUCCACUGUACAAUAGAGAAAGGGACAUCUUUUUUAGGGAAUUUGAGGACCUCAAAAACCAGCCCGGCAUGGGGCCUACACGACUGGAUCCGCACUGGAUGGAGUACUACCGAAUGAGAGGAAUGCAUCCGUCACAGUUUCCCGGUCUUUACGGUAAUCCUGCGGCGCUCGCACAGCUGGAACGGGAACGAAUAGGCUUGCCACCGCAUCCUGUUGGGCUGGAUCCAUCCGAUCCGAUGUUGCGCUUGGCUGGCGAAUAUCAUGCACACUCCCAUACGCACUUGCACUUGCAUUCGCAACAGCAGCAAGACUCGGCAGCAGCGGCGGCGGCGGCAGCGGCAGCGGCGGCAGCAGGGUUUCAUCUACCACCCAACGUUCCUCCGUAUCCACGACCGAAUGUUUUAAUGCCGAGGGAUCCACAUUCGGAGGUGCUUUUGCGUAUGUCCUAUGAUCCACUGCAGGCCGCUGAAUUCCAACGACAAAGUGCAUUAGACCGGGCCCAAUCGCUCCAUGAGCAGUACAUGAGGCAACACGAGCGUGAGAUGAAGGUGCGUGCUUUGGAAGAGGCGGCACGGGGCGGCAAACAUUAA